AUGCGUUGCCAGGGCUCCUCGAUUUCCGACAUCUUCGGCCCGGGCGAGCCCCUCUACCUGACCCCGCUGAUCGAGAAAAACCAGCUGGACAAGGCGAGAGCCCUGAGCCGCGUGGGCACCCUGGGCCUCGUCCGGGACGUGCCCAGUUACUCGGGAUUUCUGACCGUGAACCCCAGCUUGGGCAGCAACAUCUUCUUCUGGUUCUUCCCUGCCAUGGAAAACCCCCAGACUGCUCCUGUGCUCCUGUGGCUACAGGGUGGACCUGGCAGCUCAUCCAUGUUCGGCCUGUUCGUAGAACACGGGCCAUACACGAUAGCUAAAGGAGGAAUUCCGCAGUUGCGACAGGUCACGUGGGCCCGGCGCUACUCCAUGCUCUACAUUGACAACCCUGUGGGCACGGGCUUUAGUUUCACUCAGCGGGACGAGGGAUACACUCGGAACGAGACCGACGUUGGCCGAGACCUGUUCGAAGCGUUGCAGCAGUUCUUCACCCUCUUCCCCGAAUACGUUGGCAACGCAUUCUACGCCACUGGGGAGUCGUAUGCGGGCAAAUACGUCCCCACUAUUGGGCACGCCAUCGACACCGCCGUCCAGCCUCGAGUCCAGAUCAACCUCAAGGGAAUUGCUAUCGGCAACGCUGACAUUGACCCCCUUACAAUGAUGGGCUACGCAGAUUACAUUUACGAAAUUGGCCUGGUCGACAGAAACCAAGCGGCCGUAUUACGAGAGAAAACCGACGCCGCCAUCAACCUGAUCAAGCAAGGACGUUACCUGGAAGCAAACGAUGUCGUCGCUCCUAUCUUUGACGGUAGCCCGAGCAUCUAUAACAAUUUAACAGGCUUUACAAACUAUUUCAACUACCUACUCACCAAAGAGCCUGAGGACCAGCGGUACUACAUUCCCUUUAUUCAGACAACACGAGUGCGGAAGGCGAUCCACGUUGGGAGCCUCCCUUUCUACGACUUUAACCCCACGGUGUAUGAUAACUUCAAUGGCGAUAAGAUGGUGUCUGCGAAACCCUGGUUUACUUCCUUGCUGGAGAAGUACAAGGUUCUCCUGUACAGCGGUCAGCUGGAUAUAAUCCUUGCUUACCCUUAUACCGAGAGCUUCCUCGCCUCUGUGAACUGGACCGGGGCAAGUGCGCUUGCGGCUGUCUCACGACAGAUCUGGAGGACUCCGGGAGGAACUGACAUCUACGGAUACGUGAGACAGGUAGCCAACUUCACCGAGGUCUUGGUUCGAAACGGAGGACACAUUCUGCCUUACGACCAACCCGAGGCGGCCUACGACAUGAUAACGAGGUUUAUCGAUGGCAAGCCCUUCGUUUGA